AUGGAAAUAUGUGCAAUGAAACAUAAUUUCGACUACAAGGUUGGCAAAACGGAUAGAAGAGUUUGGUGCGUUCGUUGCGCGGAUGAUGAUUGUCGCUGGCGUGUUCGCGCAGAGGGAUUAACAGGUUAUUCAUAUUUUAUCAUAAAAAAGUAUGUACCUAAUCAUUCAUGUGCUCCAUCAUCAAGGAACCACUCUGUUCGGACCGCUUCAUCAAAAACAGUUGGUAGUCUCAUUAAGCAUAAGUACGAAACAAUCAACGAAGGGCCGAAACCUAAUGAUAUCAUCCAGUUUAUGCGUAAUGAUCAUGGAGUUGAGAUAUCCUACUCUUUAGCUUGGGAGGCACGUGAGUAUGCAAUAAAUGUUGUGAGAGGCAUUCUAGAGAAGGGUUAUGAAAAAGUUCUCAAAUACUUGCACAUGAUGAAGGAAGCUAAUCCAGGAUCACACACAUUUUACGAAACUGAUAGCAAUGGGAGAUUCAGAUUCCUCUUCAUCUCAUAUGGUCAUUCUAUUCGCGGUUUUUAUGCUGCCAUUCGGAAAGUUAUUGUUGUGGAUGAGACUUUCUUGAAGAGAAAAUACAAAGGAGUGUUACUGGUUGCUGCUGCUUUGGAUGGAAACUCGAACCUAUAUCCUAUUGCAUUUGGAGUUGUCGACUCAGAGAAUGACCUCUCGUGGGAAUGGUUUAUGAGACAACUUAAUGUUGUCAUUGCUGAUGAUCAGGGUUUAGCUUUUGUGUAUGACCGGAAUACUUCACUUGCUAAAGCUAUUGCAAAAGUGUAUCCGCAUGCUCAUCACGAAAUUUGCAUUCACCACUUGCUGAACAAUGUUGUUACAUAUUUCAAGGGUAAACGAGUCGUUGGUUUGGUUGCAAAGGCUUCUAAAGCUUACCGAGUUGCUGAUUUUAAGAAGCAAUUCACUGCUAUUUUCUCAAUUAGUCCUGCAAUUGGAAACUAUCUAAUACAAGCUGAUGUGACACAGUGGGCUCGUUGUCAAUUUUCGGGUUACAGGUACGAUGUUAGGACCAAUAACCCUGCUGAAUCAAUAAAUUUUGCUUUGCGUUCGCCAAGAGAGUUUCCAGUUAUACCUAUGUUGGACAGCAUAAGGGAAAUGAUGACUCGAUGGUUUUUCAAACGUAGAACUUUAAGUUCUAAGCAUAAACAACCACUGACUGUUGCUGUAGAGAAGAAGAUUGAUCGAAGGAUUGAGAAGGGUAAGAAGUUACAGGUUUUCCCAGUUAGCGAUGAACGAUUUUUGGUACGAGGUGACACUUUUGAAUGUAUGGUCGACUUGGUCAGACGCACAUGUUCAUGUGGGAAAUUCGAUCUGAUGAAAAUCCCAGGCAGAUACGCCAUAAAAGCAACUUUCAGUGUAGGCAUACAAGCACACACACUCACUGGCGGCAUGUACACCACUGCUUCAUGGAGAUCGAUUUAUGAGGAAAGCAUAAAUCCUAUUAGUGUUUCGGAAGAUGCAUGGAUUGUCCCAUCUCACGUUCAGCAAGCGAAAGUCCUUCCUCCAGAAACUAGAAGAGCUGCAGGUCAGAGAAAGAAACGUAGGUACGAGACAUUUGAAGACAAGAUCCGCUCGUCACAAGGAACUCAAACCUCUAAACGUCGUAAAUGCAGUCGAUGUGGUAUUGAAGGUCACAACCGGUCGACUUGUGAUAGAGAAAUAUAG